UUGGAUCAUUUUAGAAACCGAGUCAGUCACGAUUCAACUCCAAAUGAGCACUGCCAUUUCUAUCUCUUUUUCUCUCAACUUCACAAGAAGAACCCAAAAGCAGUAGCAGCAGUAGGCAGCAGCAAUGCUAAAAGCUUAUAGUAAUUUUCCAUCAUUAAUAACAUCACCUGCUCUCAAACUCUCAGUCAUCCCCACUCUCUCCCUCACUUGUUCAUUGCCUUCUCAUUUUCAUAAUAAACAUUCCACAUUUGCUCCACUCAACUUUCUGACCAAAAUCCUUAAACCCAGUUUACCUUCUCUUCCCAUCAAGUGGAAGCCAUACAUGCUUGGACAUCCUCCAUGUGGUACUUCUUCAUUCAGCUCUGGGAGUGGGUCUGUAGAUGGAAGAGAGAUACUGGUACAGCACUUGCUUGUUAAAGAAGAUGACCUCAAGCUUUUAGUGGAGCUUCAACAGAGAAUUGCUGGGGGAGAGGAUUUGAGUGACCUUGCUGUGGAUUACUCAAUAUGUCCAUCCAAAGCUGAGGGAGGAAUGCUUGGGUGGGUAAGAAAGGGGGAAAUGGUUCCAGAAUUUGAGGAAGCUGCUUUUAAUGCCCCUUUGAACAAAGUCGUAAAAUGUAAAACUAAAUUUGGGUGGCAUUUGUUGCAAGUACUUUCUGAUAGAGAAGAAUCUGUACUUAAAGACAUUCAGCCAGAUGAGUUUCAUGUUAAAAUGCAAGAUCCCAAGUUUGUUGAAGAGGCACAAUUGAUUGAUGUUCGAGAACCUGAUGAAGUGGAAAAAGCUUCACUGCCAGGUUUUCAGAUUCUUCCCCUCCGUCAGUUUGGAAGCUGGGCAACAGAAAUAGCAGCCAAGUUUGACUCUCAGAAGGAUACCUACGUCAUGGUAGAAGAAUGUCUCGUGGAAGUCGAGGCGAGUCGUUCAAGACAAAUCGGAGCAAAAUCUGGCAAGGGAUGCAUCUCCGUGUGCUGGCGCAUGGAUCUGUGGCAGAAGGCUUUCGGCGGCGCGUGUGAUUCAUGCGUAGGAUCUUUGGUGACGAAACUUCAGGCGAAGCACGGUCGGCGGACGGUGCUUCCUUUGAUGCAGGCAGUGAGAAUAACAGACCACUAGAGGAAGGGGACCUGAGAAGCACUAGCUUGGUGACCCAAAAAUACAGUGUUGGCUGCUUUGUUAGGCAGCAAGAGAAGAAAAAAUUCUAGAAUUCUUUCACUGCUCUGAUUUCAUGUGAACUAAACUUAGAUAUUCAAUGUGAAAAGUAAUUCUCUAUGUAUUCAUCAACGAUUGUUACAUAUAUAUAUAUAAAAGUUGUAUCUCUAAUAUAUGAAUUCA